AGUGACGAGCAGCAAUAAUAUCAAUACAAACGUGUGUAAGGAACCGUUGUGGACAUACAUUAUUGUUGGAAGAAAAUGUUGCCGGCAACACCGAAGGAUUCAGAGAAGGAUGGAGAGAAUAAAACUUUAAUUAAAAUCGUUGAACGUCCAACGUUCAUACUGAAAACUAGAGAAGGGGAAAAUAGAGCUGUUUCGCCGAGUCAACGUAACGGACAUAACAAAAAGGAUAUUGAUGUAGCAGCAAUAGCAAAAUCACAAGAAUCAAUUCGUAUACUUUCCACAUAUCCUGAGUUGAUCAAUUGUAUCAAAUUCAUGGAUGAAAACAUGCAGCUGUGUGAAAAUCCGUUAGAAUAUCUGUAUGAUCAACAAGACUUUCUUGUUGUUGGAUGCUUAGGUACACAAAGUGUUGGCAAAUCAACAAUAAUGUCCUUGUUAACGUCUGAAUAUGCGCCGGACAUCUUUCCUGUUCAAGAUUUGUCGCAUCACGAGAGCGCUACGAAUUGCACCAGUGGAAUAGAUAUAUUUAUAACUAAAAAUAGAGUAAUAUAUUUGGAUACACAGCCGAUUCUUUCCAUAUCUGCAUUCGACAGUUCUACGUCGUCGUUCGAUCAAAAGAAGGCCGCCUCCGAUUUCACAAGCACCGAAACCAACUUAGAGCUACAAUCGCUCCAAUUUAUGGCAUUCCUGUUCUCAGUAUGUCAUGUUAUCAUAUUUGUGCAGGAUUGGUUCGUUGAUCCGAAUUUGGUGAGGGUUUUACAAACGGCCGAAAUGUUAAAGCCAUCCUCGACAACCACCAUGGAUCAAGAUUAUGUAGAAUAUUACCCGCACCUUGUAUUUUUACACAACAAGGCAGAACCGGGAGAUUUUACGCCGUCGUCCAUCAAGAGAAUGAAGGAUUUUUAUAAUAAAACGUUUUCUAGUUCAAGAUUGCAAACCCAUAGCGGUAUAGAUAUGAGUCAGGAUUCGACGGAGAGUGGUUUAAACUUAUUUUUGAUGCCAGUUUUGAAUAAGACCAACCAAGACGAGGCAUUUUUUGGAGAAAGCGAAAAAUCUCUCGUAGACAAGUUGCGACGAAAGAUACACGGAGUAACCAGAAAUCCUAUGACACCGUCCGUAUUGACCGAGAAAAACUGGUACCAUUACGUUUCGAAAGUCAUGGAAGCGGUGAAAAAGAGCCACUUGUCUUCUGAAUAUGGAAGAUUGAUGCCUUGAACGCAAAAGAAAACACACAAAAGUACGAUUUAUUUGCUUUAUUACUUUGUUUUUAAAUAAAUUAUAACAUUAAAUUAAGAUAUUUAAUGCACAGUUCAAAUAUGAUACAUGAUAAAGUUUUUAAGAAUAA